AAAUAGUUUCAUACAUAACAAUAUUUCUUACAAUUGCUUACAAUUUCUUACAAUAAUAGACGGUAUACGUUGAAUAGCCAAAGUAUUUAUUGGCAUACGAGCAUGGAUUCCAAUAAGAAAUUUAUGGUUGUGGAAUUCUCUGAUGGGCUACAAAUAGUACCUACACAAUGGCUGAACUUUGCUGAACAAACAUGUAUUUGGCCUAGCCAUUUGAAAACGCAACUUCGAAUUAAUAAGGCUAUUAUAACAAGGAAAAUGCCCAAUAAAGAACAACGUAAUUGGAAAGAGUUACCUAUAAAAAGAAUGUUUAGAAGCGCAGAUACCUAUGAGAGGAGCAUGGAAAUAUUAAUACAAGCACAAGAUACAUCCAAUGUGGAUGAAACAGAUAUGUCGUCUAGGGAAAAAAGAGAACGGGACAAGAAAAAGAGAC